AUGGCCUUGGUUUAUUUAUAUUACACAGGGCCAGAACAAGCUGGGCCAGGCCCAGCACAAGUGCAUCAAGGCGACGGCCCACCUCCCCACGCGACAGUACACCUCCCCCGCGCGACGGCCCACCUCCCUAGCGCCACGGCACACCUCCCCCGCCUCCCGCAUAACUCGUGGCCACCUACCCCGCCCCAUUCACCUUAUCCUUUCACUCCUCACUCCACUCACUUCAUCUGCCCCUUUCCCUUCCGCCGCCGCAUCGCCGCGCGCGUCGACGAACUGCCGGCCGCGCUCCUCCGCCCCUUCAUCGUCUACCACUCCGCCAUCUUCGGCAACUUCAAGGGCCGCACCGUCCUGUUCGACUGCGGCAUCCACCCGGCCUACUCCGACAUGGCGGCGCUGCCCUACUCUGAUGAGAUCGACCCCUCCACCAUCGACGUCCUCCUCGUCACCCACUUCCACUUGGACCACGCCGCCUCGCUGCCCUACUUCCUCGAGAAGACGACGUUCAAGGGCCGCGUGUUCAUGACCCACGCCACCAAGGCCAUCUACAGGCUGCUGCUCUCGGAUUACGUCAAGGUCAGCAAGGUGUCGGUGGAGGACAUGCUGUUUGACGAGCAGGACAUCAUCCGUUCCAUGGACAAGAUCGAGGUCAUAGACUUCCACCAAACACUUGAAGUUAAUGGCAUACGCUUCUGGUGCUAUACUGCUGGCCAUGUACUUGGUGCUGCCAUGUUCAUGGUGGAUAUUGCCGGUGUUCGCAUUCUUUACACCGGUGACUACUCCCGUGAAGAAGACCGGCACCUAAAAGCUGCUGAGAUCCCCCAAUUCUCCCCUGAUAUUUGCAUUAUUGAGUCAACUUAUGGCGUGCAGCAACACCAACCCCGCCAUGUCAGAGAAAAGCGCUUCACUGAUGCCAUCCACAACACUGUUUCUCAAGGGGGGCGUGUUCUUAUCCCGGCAUAUGCUCUUGGUAGAGCACAUGAACGGUUUCUUAUCCUGGAUGAGUAUUGGUCUAACCACCUAGAGCUCCAUAAGAUUCCAUAUUAGAAAAGGUACACUGAUCUGCAACGCCAGAAGCCCCGGUACGCCGAUCCGUGGUGGUUCCUCCUCUACUUCUUCCAUUUGUUGCUUCCCUAACCUGAUCUCAUCCUCGCUGUUCUAUCGAGGCGCCAUGGCACGGCCACACAUGGAGGGCCAGGGCGAAGACACGGCCACGGUGGUGCAGCCUGUGGUCCACAUCGCCGGCAAGAAGAACCACCACGAGGUCGGGUCACGGUGGUGCAGCCUGUGGUCUUCAUCGUCUACCACUCCGCCGUCUUCGGCAACCCCCACCACUUCCGCGUCAAGGUGGUUGUUGAUGCCGGCACCGGGAGCGGCAUCCUCGUUGUCUGGAGCGCUCAGGCCAGCGCCAGGACGAUAGUGAGAAUACAAAUAUCCAGAAAUUUUCACAUACCUAGAGGACCUCACCUUCUUGGUGCUCCUUGCUUACAUAAGGUACUCCUAGGGAAUUGGUGCUCCAAGUAUGGGUAUUAUGAUCCUUUGCUAUCUGUGAUGGGCGAAGGGAGAGUAAGGAGGGGGGGUGAGGGAUGGCAGAGGAGGUUAACAUAUAUAGAUGCAUCUAAUGCAUCAUCGACCUGUUACAACGUCAACAUCGUCUGGGUACAAGCGGCCGUAGGUCACAAGGGGGCGUGGAACUGUUGCAGACCAUUUGUGACAGAGCAUAAUCCAGCGACUUUGCCCAGGUCGGUACAUCCUCUACACGACUACAUGGUAUCAACUUGAAGAAAAUUAUUCCUUUUUUUGCUUCCAAGACCUGAUAUCCUCCUCGAUGAUGUAUCGAGGUGCCGUGACCGGGCCUCAAAGGCAGGGCCUGGGCGAAGAGGUAUCCCCGACGGCCAUGACAAGGCCACGGUGGUGAAGACUGUGGUGAGACAGAGCUGACUCCAGCAAAUUUGACCAGCCAGUGCAAAUGUGUCCCUUGAUCAACUAAACUGGGUGAAUGUAAAAUCAUGGGGAGCCUUGAAGCCUUCUAAUGCAAAUAAUGCAGGAAAUGAUCGGUGGAAUUCAGAAACACUUGCACCUGAGGAACACAUAAAAGAUAAUCAGUGUUUAUUUGCAAGGAUGGAAUUGAAGGAAUCGGCGAGAGAGGCAGAUAAAGGAGAACUUGAAACUUAUAUAAUAUAUGCAAGGCCUGGGAGAUGAUCAGAUGGAUAUAAUAGAUGCAACAUGAACGCAAGAGAGAUGGCGAACUUGAAGGCAUGAAUAAGAAGUUCGUAGAUUCACUCAUGCUUGUGCCUCCUGCCCGACUUGUUCUACUUACCGGACUUCUUCAGGCUGCUUCAUCUAUGAGAUGACUUCGCUGAAGCAUGCAGUCAAAGCAUUUUCAGGCCAGCCCUCCACCUUUCUUCUAAGGAUCAUGGUGCUCCAACUGGACCCAGGCUACGACAAAGUAUGCAAAGUGUGUAUGCGAUGGCUGUGUGUAUGUGCUGGCAGUGUGUAUGCGAUGGCAGGCUACGACAAAGUAUUUAAUGUGUGUAUGCGAUGGCUGUGUGUAUGUGCUGGCAGUGUGUAUGCGAUGGCAGGCUACGACAAAGUAUCCAAUGUGUGUAUGCGAUGGCAGUGUGUAUGUGCUGGCAGUAUGUAUGUGAUGGCUGUGUAUAUGAAAUCAUGUAAAUUUCAGAUCUGCUAUGUAGGUCCAUACCAUUGUAUUUGUGUAUGGAUGUAAAUUCCAGAUAUGUGAUACCUGGAGGGCGAA